CAUAAAAGCCAACUUGUUUUAGAAAUCGCAUAAAAAUUAAAUAAAUUGAAAUUAAUAAUUCGCACAGAUAGAUUCGGAACGUUGGUUUUGGGUUUUCUCUCUUAUUUAAAUCUUCAGAAUCUGCUUAAAGAAAGCCUCUUUUUUCAACACUAGCCGUUGCAUCCUUCUUUUCCCCCCUCAUCUUCUUCCUCUUGGCUCUUACCUCAUCCUAUAGUCAUGGCAACCUCUGUGGAUUCUCCUUCUUCUUCACAUCCCAACCAGGGAUCCACCAGCUUCAUGGCUUCGCCGUCUUUGUCCAGUCCCGCUUCCGAUAAGCGUUUCUGGAGCUCCCUUCGAGGUCGAGUCGACUCGCUUCUUCAGGAACGAAUUGCCAAAUCUUCAAAUCUGGAUCCUUCCAUGCCCGACCAAUUCGCAGGCAAAUCGGAAAGGGCAAAGAGAUUGAAGGAAGAUUCCCUGCUUUUGCUUAGAGGUUUUGACUCUGUUGGCUAUACUCUGUCUCAGCUUUCCAACAAUUUGGAUAACGCCUUGCAGGGUGCUAGGGAUCUGGUCAAAGCACCAACCUUGAUGGAGAUCUUUCAAAACAACCUCAGAAACUCAGAGGUUGAGGAAGAUGAUUCCAAAAGGAAAGAGCAUGAGUUGGUGGAGCCAAAGCAAGCAACAAAGAGAAAAUUUGAUGACAGUCAUUGUUCAGAAGAGUCGGAGGUUAAUUUAGAGAAAGAAAACCAGGAAAACCCUAAAGACAAGCUUAAAAAGGCCAAGAAUCUUGCAGUUGCAAUGGCAACAAAAUCAGCAUCUCUAGCAAAAGAAUUAAAAUCAUUAAAAUCCAACUUAUGUUUUAUGCAAGAGCGAUGUGCCAUACUUGAGGAAGAGAAUAGGAGACUUCGAGACGGAUUUUCCAGAGGGGUCAGACCAGAAGAAGAUGAUCUGGUUAGACUUCAAAUGGAGGCACUACUUGCUGAGAAAUCCAGAUUAGCAAAUGAAAAUGCAAACUUGACAAGGGAAAAUCAAUGCCUUCAUCAGCUUGUGGAGUAUCACCAGCUCACAUCCCAAGAUCUUUCUUUAUCAUAUGAGGAAGUCAUCCAAGGUAUGUGCUUGGACUUCUCGUCACCACCACCAGCCAUUGCUGAGGGAGAUGAAGAAGAACAAGAACAAAGUGAUUGUAUUCACAAAGAAAUCACUAGAACACCUAGAGCUGAUCUUUUUAGCUUUUCUACCUCUCUUGAUGAGCUCCACCAAGAAGAGUAGAGGUCAUUUUGGACCAGAAGAUGCAGUUUCGCUCUUCGUUGAUCUCAUUUACUUUCCUGUAACCUUAAUCUUCACUGCAUUUGUUCAGAAAUAAAUCUACGGUUAUACCAUUUUCUGCACACUA